CAAGAUGGACCACAGACAACAAGAGCCUGGGCUGUACAGCCUCAGAUCACCUGGAUUUACUGAAUUGCACCCUAUGUGCAUAGAUUCUCCAGGGAGCAGCCCAGAUGGAGCUUCGUCUGAGCAGCUAGACAGGGAGGAGGGGCCCAGCACAAUUCUGCAGGUGGGUUUGGAGUGUUUCCAGGUCAGCAGGCAGAGGCUGGCCGGCAUGAGCCCCUACUUCCGUGCCCUGUUCUUCGGAGGCGGCCGGGAGAGCAUGGAACGCAGAAUCCAGAUCCGAGGGGUCGGGGUGGAGGAAUUCCGGACGCUGAUGGAGUUUUCCAAGACUUCCAAGCUGGUGCUGGAUCAGCAGAACGUAACGUCGAUUCUGGAAGCUGCUAAUUUCUUACAGCUAGAGCAGGCCCGGAUGCGUUGCUGCAAGUUCCUGGAGAGGGAGCUGCACCUCAGUAACUGCCUGGGGAUGAUGGCCUACUCCUGGCAACUGGGCUGUCUUGAGCUGUACCAGGCAGCCCGUGGGGUGGCCCUCACACAUCUCCCUGCCUUGGCCUGCGAGGAGGACUUCCUGUACCUCCCCAAGGAGAACGUGGCAGACUUGCUGUCCAGUGACGACCUCUUCCUGCCACGGGAGGACCUGGCCUUCGAGGUGAUCCUGCGCUGGGUGGCCCACGACCCCGGCCAACGCGAGCAAGACUUCCUGGAGCUGGCCGGGCUGGUGCGGGCUGAGUGCCUGAGCCUCACCUACGUGGGAGAGCUCCUGAGCAGUGUGCGGAGCUCCGACCCCCGAGCCAGGCUCAUCUGCAAGCUAGAUGCCAACCCCCCCCCCAGCUGGACCAUGCUAGGGUCUCGGCCACCCCGGACCCGGACCCACGAGACGCUGUACGCGCUGGGAGGCCGUCACGACCGUGAGAAGCAGAGUCUGUCCCAGUUCUACCCACGCAGUGGCAUGUGGCAGCCCUGUGCUCCCUUCCAACGCAGGAACCUCACACAGUACGCCAUGGCAGCUGUUGGGAACGCUGUUGCAGUGACAGGUGGGUAUUUCCGUGACGAGGUGGUGUGGUACAGCGUUGACUGGGUCCUGAUCUACAUGUGUGGGGAGAGCCGCUGGGUGGAGGGCCCCCCCUUGCAGAAGUCCCGGCACAGCCACUGCGCGGUGGGAGUGGGGGGCGAGCUGUUUGUGCUGGGGGGCAGUAUGGACACGGGGCCCAUCACGGACGUGGAGAGGCUGGGAGCAGGUGCAGAGAGCUGGAGGAGUGCCAGCCCGCUCAUCCGGGCAGUGGAGAGGGCUGCCGUGGCCAGCCUGGGUUUCAAGAUCUACGUGGCCUGUGGCCUGGAUGAGAACGGAGACGUGUACAGCGGUGUCCAGCGAUUCGAUGUGGAGCUUGACCAAUGGGACGUGAUCUCCUACUCCCCUUUCCCCCGGUAUGACCUCUGUGCCACCAUGCUCAACGGCGCCCUCUAUCUGGUGGGAGGGCAGGCGCUGCGGCUGGAUGUGGAGACGGAUGAGUGGACGUUGUUGGAGGAGGGGUGUCUGGUCGGGAAGUUCUUCCUGGGCUGUACGGCGGUCAACGGGCAGAUAUACCUGCUGGCAGAGCGGCGAGGGAACCAGGCCCUGCCCAACAUGGUGCUGCUGGACCCCUACACUGACACCUGCAUGGAGAUCGAGGACGCCCUGCCCUGCCCCCUGCCCAUCCGGGGCUGUGUCUCAGUCCGUGCCGCCUCCGACUCCAGAGUCACGACACAUAAAGGCUGGCGCAUGAAAUGACCAGCAUGC